GGGGGUGGGAAUCCUCAUUAGCCGGGCCGGAGAUCGAGACAGUCUUAGAAAAAUAGGGAACCGACGGGUAGUGAGGUGUGUGUCGUUGUCGUGAGCUUAUGUCCCCUUUGUCAUAUUCGAAGGAAAAUCACAAGAAGUAGGCCUGAAAAGCCUCGGGGUUUCCAGAGUGACAUAACUUGAUCGAUAGGAAGUUAGUAAGUUGGUCGCUUGCUCGUUAUCAUCCGGCGCUUACUAUUUUGGUAGUUGCGUAAAAGGAAAUAAAGACGUCCUGUUUGGAAAGAGGUUCAAAGAGCUUGGGGAAAGCUCGCAUUUGUAGUUUGAUAGAGGCAAGAGAAGGGAGGGGACCGGGAGGGGGGCUGCAAGGGGCGUGUGCGGCAAUAAAACUAAGCCGUCCCUCGACCGGGCUUUUCUGCCUUCUUUCACACCUCCUUCUCCGCAUUCCCCACCUUAACUGAACGAAUGGCGUGGACUGGACGGGUUACCUUUUGAAUGUAAUAGGGGUGAAAGCGGCGUUCGCACUGACGUCGGGCCAUUAAAAGGAAAGCGGGCUGCACGAGUAAUCGUCUGCCGCUAAUUCGACAUCGCGUUGUCCGUUCGAUUCCACGCAAGGCGCGCGCCUGUACGCACGGGAGGGACCGGAGCGUAAGCGUGGAAGAGUAGAACUAGAGAGAUGUAACUUUUAUGUCUUUGCUCUUUUUCUUUUUAUUCUUUUUAGCGCGUUUUUUAUUUACCGUUUAGAUGGCCUUAAACGAUAUUGCCGUUCUCUCUCGGGAAAGUGGCUAACUAAUACUGUAACAAUGCUGCGCCGCUCCUGGAGGAAUUAGACAGAUCGCCUGCUACGAAGUUCCCUGGUUUGGUGUGUGUGUGUAUGUAAGUGAGGUCGGGAGGAACAGCGAAACCAGUACUUGCGAUUUUGGGACUGACUAGCCAUGGGAAACACGGUGUCAUGUUGCGUCUCACCGGGUGGAAGCCCCAAAGUUGGCCGGACGAGGAGGCAGCCAGAACUUCUGGAGGUCUACCAAGCGGAAGCGGAGCUGAGCGAGCCUGACACGGGAACCUAUCUGCAGCACAUCAGCGACCGGGAGAUCCCUGACGAUCUACCUCCAGAAUCCAACCCAUCCGACCACCCACGAGCAACCACCAUCUUCCUCAGCAAAUCACAGACAGACGAUUUGCCGCACCGUACAAAAUAUCUGAAGAAAGGGGUCUUGCCGGUAAAUCGAGUGCGAGAGAAAAGAAAAAGUAAUCAUAUUAACCAUGUGUCACCAGGACAGCUUUCCAAAAAGUACAGCUCCUGUUCUACGAUAUUUAUAGAUGACAGCACAGUCAGUCAGCCUAAUUUAAAAAGCACAAUAAAGUGUGUUACUUUAGCAAUAUUCUACAAUAUUAAAAAAAGGGACUCCAACAGAUCACUUGAUAUUUUUGAUGAAAAGCUGCAUCCUUUAUCGAAAGAAGAGGUGCCUGAAGACUACCACAGGAACGAUCCAGAACACCGGCACAUUUAUCGGUUUGUCAGAACACUGUUUAGUGCUGCUCAGCUUACUGCAGAGUGUGCAAUAGUAACCCUGGUUUAUCUAGAGCGUCUUCUUACCUAUGCAGAAAUUGAUAUCUGCCCUAGUAACUGGAAGAGAAUUGUGCUUGGAGCUAUUCUGCUCGCGUCAAAGGUCUGGGAUGACCAAGCAGUAUGGAAUGUUGAUUACUGCCAGAUCCUUAAGGACAUCACAGUAGAGGACAUGAAUGAAAUGGAGAGACACUUCUUGGAGCUUCUGCAGUUUAAUAUUAACGUUCCUGCCAGUGUUUAUGCCAAAUACUAUUUUGAUCUUCGCUCCUUGGCAGAUGACAACAACAUGAGCUUCCCUUUGGAGACGCUCAGCAGAGAGAGAGCACAGAAAUUAGAGGCAAUCUCAAGGCUGUGUGAAGACAAAUACAAGGACCUCUGUAAAGCUGCCAUGAGGAGAUCAUUUAGUGCAGACAAUUUAGUGGGAAUUCGACGCUCCAAUGCAGUGCUCUCCUAGGACUUGGUGGCAUCUCCUGCGUGAAAGAGGGAUGUGCCAGCUGGAAGCAUUUCACCCGCCAUGGUGGUCCUCGGUAGGCAGGUGAAGGCCGUGCUGGCGCUUGUCUUGGUAAGCACAAAGAAAAUCUGCAGCACACUGACACUACAGAAAAGACGGGCAAGAAGACUGAGGGAUUCAGACCUGGCAGCACAGAAUAUCAAAAACCACCAGAGGUGCAAAAAAAGUUGAUUUUAAUUUUUUAAUUUUUUUCUCGUGUUUUUUUUUUCUUUUCUUUUGCUUACUAUGUAGGCUAAUAGCUGUGAAAUAUUUCAGUUUUAAUUAAAAGAGUCAUUUUUGGGAUUAAUGUAUUUUUAAAGAAUACUAAUCAAGUAACAAAUCCAUAUGAAUGCACACACAUGCAUGCGUGUGUGUGUGCGUGUGUGUGUGUGUGUGUGCGUGUGUGUGUGUGUGCAUACCACAUGCAGCUUUGCAUGGUAAUCGUGUGCUUCUGUAAUCUACAGUACAUGCACACAUACGUGUCUCAGUAUAUUUUUAAAAAAUUUUACUACUCUUCUGAAAAGUAAAAAAAAAAAAUGUUUUAGCUCUGAAAACUUUCUUUAGACGUGUCCUUUUUCUGUUUGGAAUGAUGAUCCAUUUUUAAUUUUGGUUUUGCCCAUGCUGUAUUGUUUUAAUCUCUCUGUCUGUCUGUCUGUCUGUCUCUCUGUGUGUGCUCAGUCACACGUACUUGUAUGUCAAGGGAAAAUGUCUGCCACUGUUUUUCCAAUCUGGCCUGCACUCGGACCAUUUUGUGGUUAAAGAAGCUGCCCUCGGCGGACUGCUGCAGCACAUCAGGGUUGGCUUAUUUAUUUAUUUCUUUAUUUUUUUUGACUUUUGCUGCACAUCCAUAAGCAUUCAUACGGACUGGUAAUGCACAAAGUGAA